AUGAAGUUCACCUCUACUCUGGCUCUGACAGCCCUUCUGGCUGCUCCCGCCCUGGCCGGUCCCCACGGUCACGUCCGUCACCAAUUCGAGUCCAACCAAAACUUCCCGGGCGCCGGCAACCAGGGCUUCAAUGCCCCUGGACAAGGCCAAGGUCAAGGCCAGGCUGCCCCCCAGCCAAGCAUCCAGCCCAGCAACAACGGCUACCAAACCCAAGCCGCUCCACAAGCGCAAUUCACCCCUCAACCCAGCGUCGCCAGCCAGGUCGCUCCCGCCGUGACCUCCGCCGUCAGCACCAACCACAAGAGCAGCUCCACCUCGUCGGACAACUACGAAGUCAACGAGAACUGGGCCGGUGCUGUCCAGGAAACCAGCGGCAGCGCUACCUUCUCCUAUGUGGCCGCCACCUUCACCCUCCCCAGCGUGACCCCCACCGCGGCUUCUUCCUCCUCGGAUGACCAGGCCGUGUCCUUCUGGGUCGGCAUUGACGGUGCCACCGGCCAGAACCAGAUCUGGCAGGCCGGUGUCGACAUCUACGUCCAGAACGGCGAAACCACCUUCCUCGGCUGGUCGGAGUGGUACCCUGCUGACACUGUCGGUCUUGACAUGGAGUUCAGCAUCGGUGAUGUGAUUGUUGUCUCGGUCGAGUCGACCUCCAGCAGCGAGGGCACUGCCCUGAUUGAGAACUUGACCACCGGCAAGAACGUUACUUCCACUGCUUCGGCCCCGGAUAGCUCGUCGACUCUGGUCGGUCAGACUGCUGAGUGGAUCGUCGAGGACUUGGCUAUCGAUGGUGAUGGUCUGACCUUCAUUAACUUCGGUGAGGCUACUUUUACCGGCUGUGUUGCUAAGGCUGGUGGAAAGACUAUUGGUCUUGAUGGCUCGUCUUUGAUGGCUGUGGAGGAUAGCACUAGUGAUCAUGUCCAGGCUGUGCCUAGUGUUGUUAGUGACUCUGAGUUGAAGGUCACUUACCAGAGCUCUUAA